UCGGUAUCGCCCUAUAUCUCCUCGUUUUCGUCUUUCUUAAAAAAGUGCUCUCUCUCUCUCUAACCAUCAACGGCUAAACCCACCUCCCCUUUCUCUUCUCCAACCGAUAACUGAAAUCCUCUCUUCUUUCCCUCUCUCUUGCUGUCUCUAUCGAUACACACUAACACACAGGAACACACCCAUACACCCCCACAUGUAUGUUUGUAUAUAUAUGUAUAUACGGAGUAUAUUAUUUUAUCCAUGAGAGUUGAUUAGCGAGGCAGGGGAGGGAGUUUUAGAGAGAGAAAGAGAGAUGGGCAGGUAUAUGAAGAAGUCAAAAGCUGCGGGCGAGGUGGCUCUCCUUGAGGUCACUCACGCACAAUCGUUUUCAGGGGUACGUACUCGGGCCAAAACCCUAGCCCUACAACGCUUACGCCGGUCGGCGGAUGAAAUUUGCUGUGCCGGUGACAGUGGGUCCUACCUGCAGCUCCGAAGCCGGCGGCUGCAGAAACCCCCAAUUGGUUUGGACUCGCGGAGGCAGAAACCCUCUCCGAAGGACUCCAACCCUAGCCUGGCCCCCAACUCGAAACAAAAUCAGAGUACCAGAGCAAGUUCGAGGGUGAGACACGGCUGUUCUGCGAUUUCUGGGUCAGUGAAUAAGGAGGAAAAUGAGUGUUUGGUUGGCGUCAUAAAGGAGGAGAACAUUUUACCGGAAAAGUGCGGUGCUUUCGAGGAAAAUAGUAACAAAGUUCACAAUACCGCCGGCGAUGCGGGUGACGAAGCGUCAUUUGGAGAGAAUUUGCCCGAUUUUGAAGGUAGAGAGAGGACCACUAGGGAAAGCACACCUUGCAGUUUGAUAAGAGAUUCGGAUGCCGCUCAAACCCCUGGCUCCAGUACAAGGCCAACCAGUGCAAGUGAAGCCAACAGCAGAAUGCAUAACUCAUUGCGAAGACACAUCCCAACAACACAUGAAAUAAAUGAAUUUUUUGCUGGGGCAGAAGAGGAGCAACAUAGAAAAUUUAUUGACAAGUACAACUUUGAUCCAAUGAAUGAGAAGCCUCUUCCUGGACGCUUUGAAUGGGAGAAAGUAAACCCUUAAAAGGUGUGUCAGUGUUCCAUUCCAUCUGGACCUGGACCUGUCCUGCCUGCAUUUACUAGGGAGAGGUAGGGAAACUUCAUUUUUUAGUCAUCCUUUUACUUGUAAAGAACUUAGGGCAGUGAGGUAGGUUGUAGACUAAUGAUCUGUAACGUAACGCUCGAAACUGACAACAAAUACAAGAAAAACCUUUCUAUCUAACAGAUCAUCAAAGGAGAAGGGGAUGGGCUUACAGGUACUUGUAGGAUUAGUAGUGUUUGUUAGUAUUCGCAUUCAAUGAACUUGGUUAGUACACAAGUCUGUUGAUCUUGUGGUCUUCCAUUGCAAUGUAAUUUCACUUUCCAUCCACCCCAUACAUGUACUGAUGGAACUAAGAAUUAUGAAUAAAAGAACCCAUUUUCUCUGCUGUC